AUGGCAAACACCUACGCCUUCAACAGCACGGCUGGGUUUGACGAAGCUCUAGCUAUGAAAGCGUCGGCUGUCCUCAAGGUCAUCUACAAAUACCGUCUCAACAGAUCGGGAUUGGGAUCUGAGACCUCGGAUAGCCACGACAUGUUCAAGUUCUUUGUUCUCAUCUACGACCAGGUCCGGGCCAAUCAGACCAUCAAGAUGUGUCUCCCCGCCUUUCCUUUCAAGUCCCCAAACGACAAGUGCAAGGUCCUCGGCCGUCUUCCCGAUAUGGCAGAGCAGUUUGCCCUGGCCCACUUGAACGGGCUGUGUGCCGCCAUUGAGGACAUCUACCCCCCAGGAGCAGAGCUGACCAUUAUCUCCGAUGGGCUCGUAUACAACGACCUCCUGGGCGUUCCCGACAAACAUGUCUGGGCAUAUGGUCAAGCACUCCGUGACCUCGCUGUCGAAAAGGGGUUCGGCAACAACAUCAAGUUCUCUCGUCUCCAAGAUCUUCUCCAUGUGUUUCCCGGAAAUGACCUGGAUGAGAUCACAUACGUCGCCAAUGCCACCGAGUUUCGCAGGGCGCUCCUCAACACCUUUGGCCGCCCUGACUUUGACGCCUCGGCUGAGAUCUGCUGCAACGAGGACAGUUGCAUGACGUACCGCGGGUACAUCAAGUUCCUCGAGACAGACCUCAGGCAUGUCUAUCCCUUGGGUUCGGACCGGUCAAAGUCAAAGUUCAAGAGGGGCACCGAGCACAUCGCCAAAAACAUGCUCAUGAGAGGCGACGCCUUUGCGAGGGCUGUUCGAGAACGCUUUCCCAACCAUCUCCGUCUGUCUAUUCACCCGAAGGGCUCAGUGUCCAACCCCAACCCCAAAACCCAAACCAACACCAAGCUCCCCAUCAGCCUCCUACCCAACACCACCCCCGGCACCACCCCCUGGCACUGCUGCCUAGGCCUCAAAGCAGACGGCACGAUCCUCUCCCUCCCCCGCUCCCAAUUCGACUCUGACCCCUCCUUCGAACUCAUACUCUCCCACUCCGGCCACGGGAGCUACUACCGCGAGAAAUCCCCCCUUUUCUGGGACUCCCCCCAAGUCUUCAUCCAGCCCCUCUACCCCUGCGGCCUCCUCAUCCAACCCCUCGUUCCCAACUCCCUCCCCAUCACCUCCAUCCCCAUCCUCUCCAUCCGCGCCCUAGCAGAGCACAACUCCCCCAUCUGCCUCCGAGGCUUCAAACAAACCACCAACCGCGACCUCUUCAUCCAAAAAGCCAAAGAAAUGGGCACCACCCUCGGCUGGCCAGGCCGGUACGAAGUCAUCAUGUCCGUCAAAGACGUCGGGACAGAAUUUGACGAGAAGGGGAACCCAGUUGUCUCUUCCCUAUCGGCAGAGAAAAUGGCGUUUCACUACGACGGUGUCUUCAAAACAACGCAAGAUCCGGAGACGGGAAAGAUAAGUUCUCUACCGCCGAGGUUUCAGAUGUUUGUUGCCGUCACCCCUUCCCCUUCCAACACGGGCUUGACACUGUUCGCCGCGAGCAGGUUGCUGUUUCGAUAUCUGGAACAGAAUUACAAGCAUGUUGUUAGCUUGGAUGUCUUGAAAGAGUGCACCAUGUCGCUGAACACGACUGCGUUCGGGGGGGCAAGCCUGUCGGGUCUGCCGCUGGUGGUGGAGCACCCCACGACGAAACUGCCCUGUCUGAGGUAUCACGAGCACUGGCCCGAGUCAAAGACAAAGUUUGGGCCGAUGGAUUGCAGACUGAAAAUCUCGGAAAGGGGACAGGUAGGGAUGGGGUUGACGGAUGAGGUUGUGAGGGGCGUGUUGGGUGAUUUGCUGUAUGACAGGCGGGUGUGCUACCGGCACGCGUGGAGCAAGGGGGAUGUGGUGGUGAGUGAUGACUUUGCCAUGAUGCAUACCCGGACUGAGUUUGUUAGUGGGGGUGGGAGGGAGUUGUGGAGGAUUCAUAUUGACUGA